UCUUUCCAGGUUUUUGCCAUGGAGUUCCAGGCAGUGGUGAUGGCAGUUGGUGGUGGAUCCCGUAUGAUGGAUCUGACCUCAAGCAUCCCUAAAGCUCUCCUCCCUGUGGGCAAUAAGCCUUUAAUAUGGUAUCCACUCAGCUUGCUGGAACAAGUUGGUUUUGAAGAGGUCAUUGUAGUUACCACAAAAGAAGUCCAGAAGAUGCUAAACUUGGAGACAAAACUGAAGCUGGAUAUAGUGUGUAUUGCUGAUGAGGCAGAUAUGGGGACGGCAGACUCUUUACGGCAUAUUCAUCAGAAAAUAAAGACAGAUGUGUUGGUGCUAAGUUGUGAUCUGAUCACUGAUGUCGCUCUUCAUGAAGUAGUGGACUUAUUCCGGGCUCAUGAUGCAACACUGUCGAUGCUGAUGAAGAAAGCCUGUGAACCUACGGAGCUGGUACCAGGACAAAAAGGGAAGAAAAAGCUGGUGGAGCAACGUGAUUUCAUUGGAGUGGAUGGAAUGGGAAAGAGGUUGCUCUUCAUGGCCAAUGAAGCAGAUUUGGAUGAAGAAAUCAUCAUUAAGAGAUCCAUCCUGCAGAAGCAUUCCAGAAUGCACAUCAGGACAGGAUUGAUGGAUGCUCAUCUGUAUUGCUUGAAGAAAUGUGUGGUAGACUUUCUUGUAGAGAACAGAUCAUUCACAUCAAUCAGGAGUGAGCUGAUUCCAUAUUUAGUGAGGAAGCAGUUCUCCUCACCAGCACCAUUGCAACAAGGACAAAGCAACAAAGAGCAGGAUGAAAAGAAAAAGGACCAGAAGUCAUUAGAUAUCUAUCACUUCAUGAAAGAUGAUAGCCUGUUUGAUUUGGAUACAGACAAAUUUUGGUGGAAUAAUCACAGAGGAGAUGCGAAUGAGGCGUUCCAUGGAAAGGAAGUUCGUUGCUAUGUCCACAUCAUGAAAGAGGGGCUGUGCUGUCGAGUAAACACUCUAGCACAGUACAUUGAAGCUAACAGACAGGUUCCUAAAAUGCUGCCUUUACUUUGUCCAGAAGAACCUCUAGUUCACAGCACUGCACAAAUAAUUGACAAAUACCUGGUUGGGUCUGACAGCAUUGUGGGUGCAUCGACACAGUGCGGAGAAAACACUGCAAUUAAACAUUCUGUCAUUGGCUCUGCAUGCAUAACCAAAGACAAAGUUAAAAUCACUAACUGCAUCAUCAUGAACUCUGUCAGAAUUGAAGAGGGGUGUACUCUACAGAAUUGUGUGGUGUGCCAUAAUGCAGUGAUAGAGAAAGGAGCUGACAUCAAAGACUGUUUGAUUGGAAACAGCCAGCACCUGGAACACAAAUCUAAACACGUUAAUGAAGUUAUUAUGGGUACCGAACAGCUGAUGGAAAUAUGAGUUUUGUGGUCUUGGGGGAUGAUAGUCUGGCCACGCCAGGCAGAAGCACAGCUAGAGAUUCUGCUUCACGAGCUCUGUCCUGGCAGCGUUUACACAGGCACCCUUUCCUGCUUCGGUUUCCAAUUUACACCUUAAUAAAGGAAUGUU